AUGCGUUUCGCCACUCUCGCUACAACACUGCUCUUAACGGCUUCUCAAGCUCUUGCCCUCGGUGAUCUAGCCUUCAACCUGGGUGUCAAGAACAACGAUGGAUCAUGUAAAUCAACUCAAGACUAUGAAAACGAUUUGCAAGUUUUGAAACCAUACACUAACAAGGUUAAAGUGUACGCUGCUUCCGAUUGUAACACUUUGCAAAAUUUGGGACCAGCUGCUGAAAACAAAGGUUUCCAAAUCUUCUUAGGUAUCUGGCCAACUCCAGAUGCUCACUACCAACAGGAAAAAGGCGCAGUUUCCGCCAACUUGCCUAACUUGAAGACUUCCACUUUUGCUGGUUUCCUAGUCGGCUCUGAAUCUUUGUACCGUAACGAUUUGAACGCUGAACAAUUGGCCGGUUUGGUUAACGAUUUCAAGAGUUUUGUCGCUGGUAUCAAGGACUCUCAAGGUAACUCCUAUUCCAGCGUCCAAGUUGGUAUUGUCGAUUCAUGGAACCUUUUGGUCGACGCUUACAAUGCACCUGCUAUCCAAGCCAGUGACUUCGUCAUGGCAAACGCCUUCUCUUACUGGCAAGGUCAAACUAUGGGUAAUGCUUCUUACUCAUUCUUUGACGAUAUCAUGCAAGCACUACAAACCAUCCAAACUUCCAAGGGUUCCACCGACAUCAAUUUCUGGGUUGGUGAAACCGGCUGGCCAACUUCUGGUACCAAUUUCGAAACUUCUGAACCAUCUGUUGAAAACGCAAAGCAGUUCUGGCAAGAGGGUAUCUGCGCUUUGAGAGCUUGGGGUGUUAACGUCGUUGUUUUCGAAGCCUUUGAUGAAGACUGGAAGCCAAACUCCUCCGGUACUUCUGAUGUGGAGACUCACUGGGGUGUCUGGUCCUCUGGGGAUUCUCUAAAAUACCCACUCAGCUGCGAUUUGUCUUAG